AUGGUAGCGGCACGAAAGGAGGCAGCAAGGGAAAAUAAAAAACAUCUUCCAGUAGCGAGGGGAGGGGGAGGGAAAGGGAGAGAGGGAGGAAAGGAGGAGGAGGAGGAUUCGCCUUUUAACCGGAGAAAAAUAAAAUCAAAAAAUAAUCGCGUGUGUGUCGUCCCCCCCCUCCCCGGUUGCCUUUUUUGUGCAGUUUCAGCAAAGCUGCGAGGAAGUUGGUCCUUUUGUUCCACUAUUUAUAGAUUGCGUCAACAUUGCGAAAAGGAGAAGGCGGAGCGGUGGCACUUACUCCUCGCCGAGGGGUGGUGGGGGAAGAUAUCGGGGUGGAGGGGCGGGGCGGGGGGGGAACGUACAAACCCAGCGAGUACAAGCGACUUCAGCGCUCUCCCCCACCCGCCGCCGCCGCGACCACGGGGGGAACCGGGCGGUGCAGCGGCAGCGGCGGCGGCGGCGGGGAGAACCGCGCCGCUUCCCCGCCCGGCCGCCGCCGCACAGCACCGCCCCGCGGGCGGCGAGGCGAGCGCGCCGAGCCGAGCGAGCGGCGGGGCCACGGGGAGGGGAGCGCCCGCCUCUCGGCUGGGCGCUGAUCGGCUCGCCCGUGCCCUCCGUCUCCCGGCGGAACCUGUUGCGACCCUCUCGGCUGGGAGCUCCGAGGGCAGGUGCACGCACCGCCCGGCUCCGUUUUCUUUACGAGGCCGGUGGGUUGUCACCGCAGGGUUAGAGAGGAGCUGGAGGGAAGGAGGAAAGCUGGAGACGUGCGUGACCGUGACACCGCUUGUGUGAUCGCCCUAAAAAUACCUCUGAUGGACCCGUGGGCGAUUCUUGCCCAGCAGGAGCACAGCCGUCGAACUGGGCGACGUUUGGGGGUUUUUCCCCUGCUCCUUGUUUUCGUGAGUUCUAUGGGCGGAUGAGUUCUUAUGCUUCGGACAACAGAUGCCUUCGCGAUGAUGAUUUUCUGGGGGAGAGUGCUAUUCCCUCUGAACUCUCCCCCUCCUGCUCCGCCCAACCCACGCACGGUCCCUACUUGCGGGGGAGCUCAGGUAAUGCCUGAGGAAAGCUCCGAGCGAAUAAAAUAAAUUCCGUUAGUGUGGUGCCUUUCUUGAAGCGUCCCCUGAAUGCCGGGCUUUCCUCUCCUCUACAACUUCGCCGCCAGAUCUCCGUCCCACAUCGCUGCUCUUGCUUGCAGCAAGCUUGCUUGCUCAUCUUCCGUGGGCUCUCCGUGGGGACUGCGGCUACUCUUUUCUCCUUCUGCUGAGGUUGCAAAAAAAAAAAGAAAAAAAAAAAAAAAAAAAAGA